AUGGGAUCAUCCGAUUCAAAGAUUGAAUUCAAGACUAUGUUCUCCAAGUUGGGAGAAAAUUACAUAAAGCACAAUGAACACAAUUUUUGGAAACAUCUAUUCAUCCAACCUUUGUCUAUUGAUGAUAUUUUCUCGAUUAUUACACCUGAUGAUAUUCGUUCUUUGAGAAUAUCACAACCUGCGAAUCUAGGAACGAUAAUAUAUAAGUGUAUUGAACAAUUAUACCUUUUUUCACAGCCAAAGAAUUACUCUGCUGAGAGUACUAGCGCCAAGAAUUCUCUUCACCUAUUAACAAGGAUUCUUCCUUUUGUUUUUGAACAUGAUAAUGAUGGAUUUGUUACUGAUUUGUUCUUUAAUAAUGUCUUACCUGGAUCUGCAGGUUUGCAAUCUGUAGUUGGUGGGGCCACAAAACCAAUCGAAACAAAGCAAGAAGAAACAAAACAACAGGAAACAACACCAGACACAACUACCACAACUCCAUCGGAAGAAAAUCCAACAGAACCAGCUUCAACUGCAACAACUGAACAAAUCGAACAAAUCAAACAAGGAAUUGAACAAUUGAAGGAAAAAGUUGAAGAAAAAUUAGAAGAACAACCAGAAGUAACAACAGAAGAAAAAUCAACAGAAUCUACUACUGAACCACCAAAGGAAACAGUAGAACCAAAGGUUGAAGAACCUGUCAAGGAAAAGGAACCUGAAGUUCCAAAGGAAACUCCAAAAGAAACACCAAAGGAAACACCAAAACCAGUUGUUGAAACAAGUUCUAAAAAGAAAAAGAAGAAUAAGAAAAAGAAUAAGAAGGGAGGAAAUGCAAAGGAAGAGGAAAAAGUAGUUGAGGAAGAAAAAACUGAAACACCAACAGAGGUUUCUAGUCAAGCUUCUACAACUGAAGAAUCAUCAACAACCACUGAAACAGUUGAAGAAACUCCAGAGGAACCAAAACAAGAAGAAACCAAGGAAGAACCAAAAGAGGAAGUUAAAGAAACAACUCCAGAGGAACCAAAACAAGAGGAAGUUAAAGAAGAAACAACUCAACAAGAAGCUACACCAGUUGAAGCUUCUCAAGAACCAGUUCAACAAGAAUCCACAUCAGUUGUUCAAACUACUCAAGAAUCAGCCAGCAAACUUCUUCCAAUUUUGAAAAUUGCUGACACUAAUCUUACAACCAGUCUUGCUGAAGUUAUGAUUCAAACUUUGAUGAGAUGUUUGUUCCUUCCUGAUUUUACUGUUCCAAUUAGUCAAUUGCACGAAGAACAAAUUUUGAUUAAGACUGAUACUUUGGAUGAAUCAGUUUUGUGGCAAACUGGUAUGGCCACACAUGGUAAGCCACUCCGUUCUGCAUCAUGGGAGCAAAUGGAAAAUAGAAAUGAUAUUUUGAGAUGUAUGCUCACCUGUUUCUCAAGUGUUUUAUACCAGGAUGCUGAAAUCUGCGCUGAAUAUGAUAACAAAUUCUUGAGUAUUGCUGUUUCUGACAAGAUUCCAAAUGCUCAUAAUUUACUCUACUCUUUGUUGAAUUUUGUGACAGCUUAUGAUCCAAGAGGUUCUCUUCCAUAUUCAUCCCAACUUUUCACUGAUUACUACACUCAAUAUAUCGAAACCUCUCUGCACAUGAUGUCAGUGUUGUUGCAACACAAGCCAAAGAAUCAAACUAAUAUUUAUCAUCAAAUUUUACAACAUCAAUUCAACAAUACUGUAGAUAUGACUCAUUUAUAUUCCAAGCUUACACUUCUCUUGAGAAAUGUUGUUGAUUCUCAUUAUACAUAUUUACCAAGUUCUCAAAAAUUGAUUGAAUUCUAUGAGGAAGUUUUGUUGCUCUUCUGGUUGAUUCUUGGAGAAGCUCCAGUUUUCAGAAUCUUUGCUUGUAAGGAAUUGAAUAUUACUGAUCUUUUGGUUCCUUUGCUUUUCAUCAUCCAACUUCAUAGUAAGCAAAUUACCAAAUUCCCUAUUGUUCAAUUAGCCUCAUUCACUGUUUUAUUAUUGAGUGGUAACAGAGAAUUCGGUGUUGCCCUCAAUCAACCAUACAAGAUCACAGCUCCAUUAGAUGUUCCUGCAUUCGAAGGUAACUAUGCUGAUUUGUUGAUCUUGUUCUUUAACAAGGUCAUGGUUACUGAUAAGGGAGCCAUUCGUGGAUUGUACGAUUGUAUGCUCACCAUCAUUGCCAACAUUUCUCCUUAUACCAAAUCCUUAACCAUGCUUUCAAGUGUUAAACUUUUGAACUUAUUCGAAGCAUUUGCCUCUCCAAGAUUCCUUUACAGUAGUGAAAGAAAUCAUCAAUUUGUAGCCCUAUUAUUAGAAGUUUUUAACAAUAUCAUUCAAUACCAAUAUGAAGGAAAUGUGCAUGUUAUUUAUUCAAUUCUUAGAAGAGGUAAACUCUUCCAAGAUCUUGAAAAGGAUCCAGAAUUGGAACCAAUUAGAACAGCUAUUUUAAAGAGACAUGAACAGAAGAUUGCUGAAAAUCAAAAUCAACCAUUACCUGAACCUUUCCUACCAACACAUGAAUGGGUUCAAUCAUGGAGACCAAGACUUCCAAUUUAUACUAUCAUUACACUUAUUAAUACUCUUUCACCUGAUAUUGAAAGAAUUUGUUCUAAGGAAUAUGCUACUGAGGAAGAUGUUAUUGUAUAUUUGAAGAAUACUACUUUGGUUGGUUUAUUACCUGUUCCUCACACAAUUAUCAUUAGAACUUUCCAAGGAAAUCCAAAGAUUGAUACAUUUAUUAUUACUUUUGUUUGGGGAUGUGUUUAUGUCAAGAUGUCAACACGUGUUCCUUGGGUUGAUUCCAAGCAAAUCAGACUUUUCACAAUUUUAAACCAAAAAGUGUAA